AUGCAUCGACCGUUCGACGAACGCAUCAUGGGACCUAGCGUUGAGUCCGAAUCAGACGACGACGAUGUGUUCGCCUUUACCGAUACAGGUCCUCGUCGCGAGUUUCUGACCACUCCGCAAAUCGAAGCACAUCGCGAAGAGGCUGCAGACGUGCCUCAAGACGAUGUCGACGAGUGGGACGAUGCUUUGCGCACGGAUGCCCGUGGCUCUGAACGUGCGCCUCUUAUGAUAGAUGAAACUCACGAAACUUCGUCUAUGCGGGAUUCGAACCUCAUGGGCUGCUUGCAUCCUGAACACGUGCAUGCUUACCAUCAGAAUGAAUGGUCCGUGAAUGAACUUCCUGCAAGCGAGUCGUCGCUGAACGAAUUCCCGCUAGAUGAGCUUUCGCCUAUACAAACACGUCCUGGCUGUUUUUCUUUCAAUAAUGAGCCCUCGUUAGCGUGGCGACCGCCGAAAUCGUCAUCGAGCGAGUUUCCGUAUUCACGAGCUCGAACACCAAAUCAAAUGCCACCCCGUUCCAUGCAAGUGCCUGAGUGGUCACAAUAUCCGUCCUCAGCAAGCAGGCUUGUUUCGCGAGACUUGAAGCCCGAUGAAGACCCGCGAGAUCUGUUAUCUGAAAGUCCAGUUGCUAUGUUACCUGAUCAAGCGUAUAAGCGGUCCAGGUCAUUGACUAGCAUGUCGGACAUGCCGUCAUCCGUGCACACAAAUGAGCGAAGUCUUUUCCGCUAUAGAAAUAGGCGUGACGCUUAUGCUCGAUCGACAAAAACAUCAAGCAGAGUCGUUGGUGCCGACGAAGACAAAGAAUCAUGGGAAAAUGAGCAUGAACUGAACUCCCUGAAUGAGUCCGAUGAGGCGGUCGAUCACGACGAAGAAAGCUUCAUAGCUGGCGAUGGGAUCGAGGAAGAUUCGCCUUAUCCGGAGGUACGCGCCUCUGUUUCGAACAUCGACGACCCGUCAAUGCCUACAGCAACUUUUCGCGUAAUAUUUCUAUCGCUCUUCUUAAGUACACUGGCCGGCGCUGCCAACACGUACUUCAUGCUCCGAUAUCCUGCACCCACCGUCUCGCCGAUCGUUAUCACGGUUGUGUCAUAUCCUCUGGGCAAACUCAUGGCUGCUGUCUUACCCACUCGAACGGUUCAACUUCCCUCUUUUCUCGGUGGUUCAGAGUUUUCGCUCAAUCCUGGCGCAUUCAAUAUUAAGGAGCACACCUUAAUUUCAUCACUUGCGUCCAUUUCAAUCAUGCCAUCCUACAUUGUUAAUUUUCUUGUGUCGCGCCAAAUCCAUUUCACCCACCGCGUAAAUCACCAAUAUUGGUUCGACUAUUUAUAUAUGAUUUUUACGCGUGUGAUUGGAUUUAGUUUCUCAGGAUUGUUAUAUCGAUUCCUCGUUGAGCCUGCAUCCAUGCUGUGGCCACAAGUACUUGUCGUGACAACGAUCCUGAAUACACUGCACGCAGAAGACGAUAGGCAGGACAAGCGGAUUUCACGCAUGCGCUGGUUCGUUUACGUCGUCUUUGGGGCGUUUUUCUACAAUUUUUUGCCUGGGCUCUUCUUCGAAUUCCUCACGGUGUUUUGUUGGCUUUGCUGGAUCAGACCAACUGACAGGGUUCUGAACAUCGUUGCUGGUGCAAACGGCAUGGGCCUUACUAGUUUUACAUUUGACUGGGGCCAGAUUUCUUUUUUUGGCUCGCCCAUGGUAACUCCCUGGUGGGCUGAAUGCAAUUUUUUCGCUGGUUUUGUCUUGUUCGCGUGGAUCGUGAUGCCGAUCUUGUACUUUACGAAUACGUGGGGCUCGGGCUACUUCCCCUUCACAGGGCAUAUGGCAUACGACAAAUUUGGUAAACCAUAUCAAGAGGAAAAAGUGAUUCAACAAUCCAACUUUCAAUUCCAACAUCAGAAGUACCUGGAGUAUUCACCUCUUUAUCUGUCGAUUGGCUUUGUUGUUUCGUACUUUGGUGGAUUUGCGUCGAUUACAGCUGUCAUUUUGAAUAUGAUCUUGAAUCAUUACGACGAUAUUCUCCGCGCAUUACAACGAAAGACACCAGAAACUCCCGAUAUCCAUGCCAAACUUAUGCGCCGGUACAAGCACGUUCCUACAUCAUGGUACUUUACAACUCUCUGCAUAUGCUUUAUCGCUUUACUGUUGAUUGUUGACUUUGUGUCAUUCAAAGUUCCAAUGAAAGCAAUCAUUGUUGGGAUGGUUCUUCCUUUAUUUUAUACGCUUCCAAGUGGGUUUGUGGUUGCAAUGUCCGGCCAGAUGAUCGGUGAUAACAUUCUUGCGGAUGUCAUAGGAGCCUACUUGACACCCAAUUUGCCAGAGGGCUUCUCCUUAUUCAAAUCUCUUGCAGUGCAAACCUUGACUGGCUGUCUCCAAUUUACUGGGAACAUGAAACUGGGACACUAUAUGAAAAUUCCUCCUCGAACCAUGUUCCUGUUGCAGAUUGUAUGUGCCACGAUUACCGGGUGUGUGCAAAUGGCUGUUAAAGAUGCGUUGGUGAUGAACGUGCCUGACAUUUGUACAGAGAACUCCAAGUUCCAACUUUCGUGCUGGAGCCCGAAUCUCUAUUUUGUCACAUCUUUGCUUUGGAGCUCUAUCGGACCUCGAUACAUUUUCAAAGGUGAGGCCUUCCAAUUUAUUCUUUGGGGACUCUUGGCUGGAACAGCUGCGCCGAUUAUUACCGCAUUAAUCAAAUGGAAAUGGAAGCUGAAUUGGAUUAACUAUGUGAGCUGGCCUAUUUUUUUCUUUGGAGUUGGCAUGCUUCCUCUCUCGCACAGUAUAAACUUUACUGCUUGGUUUUCGGUCGCGUUUUUUUUCCAAUUCUACCUACGCAAAUAUUAUUUUAGUUGGUGGUCCAAGUACAAUUUCGUCACAGCGAAUGCACUCGACAUCGGCACGAUCUUGUCGGAACUUCUUAUCUUUGUGGCAAUUACGUUGCCAACAGCAAACCAGAACAUCUUGCAAUGGUGGCCGAACACGGUCGUAAAGCGAAAUGCUGAUGCCCAUGCAAUGCCCUUGUAUAAUAUUCCCCCGGGCGGGAUUCCAAGCGCCGAACAUCUAAAAAACUAA